AUGAAGAACGCCUACUGCGAGGACGGAGGAGUACAACUUGAAGGUUCCCAAAUCGUGGAAACUUCGUCAUACGUAUAUCUCGGACGUUCUAUGAACAUGGAAAACGACUUGAAGGAAGAACUGAAUAGAAUGAGAGCAGCAUGGGCAGCAUUCGCAGCCGUCAGGGAUGCUACGGACCAACUGACGGACCAAGAUCUUCGUGCUCAUUUGUUCGGCUCGACAGUCCUUCCAACGCUCUGUUACGCAGCGGAGACGUGGGCAGACACCGAGGCCACGUUUAGGAAGCUACUUACUACCCACAGAGCUCUUGAGAGAUGUCUCCUGAAGUUUAACCGGCGCACACAACACCUAGCCGGUCUUCGCAGCUCCGACUUAAAGGCAUCACCCCACGAGUCUGAGGUGGUGCAGAUUUCAGGUGGAGUAUUCGUAUACGGGACGGGAGACUAUGGAGAGGGGGUGAUUCCGUCCAUUUCUUCCUAA